AGAAAUUUCUUGAGGGAAGAGUAGGAUUUGGGAAAAUCGAGCCCUAGCUGAAGCCCGAAAGCAAGCCGGCUACCUCUCUCCGAUCUCCUCUGUCUUCGCUUAUUCUCCGAUUCAGAUUUGUGUUGUUUAGUUUGGAAUAAGGCUUCUAGUUUUGGACUUCCAAGUUGAUCUUCGUUUUGGGUAGUGCUCUUCUGCACAUAAGAUGUACUUCUGGUCAUCAUCAUACCAACAUGCAGGUUUUGAGCUGGUUUUUAUUUCUGAAUGGACGCCAAGAGGUUCAUCCAAUUGGUCGAAGAGAAAAAGAAGAGAGCUUUGGAGAAGAAAGAAGCCCCUUUGAAAUGGGAGCAGAAGCUGGAAGCCGCUGCCAAGGCAAAGGCUGAUGCCGAAGCUAAAGAGAGGAAGCUGAAGGCUGCAAAGCAUAAAAGAAGAUCCAUGUCCGAUUCUGAUAGUGACAGCAGUGAUGGGGGAAGAAAGUCAAAUAAAAAAACCCACAAGAGGCACAGGAAGCAUGCCCACUCUGACUCAGGUGGUGACAAUGAAAAGAAGAAGGAGAAGAAAUCCAAGCGAAAGCCGAAGAGACAAUCCUCUAGCUCAAAUGAUGAUAGCCUUGACGAAUAUGGGUGUGGCUCUGAUGAAGAUUGGAAGAGAAAGAAACGAAACCACCGUAGGCAUAGGCAUCAUGAAUCAAGAUCUGAUUCUGAUGAUGAUGGUUCUUCAAGUGACGAUGAUGGUGAGGCAAUCAAAAGGAGAAGCCAUACAAAGCGCCAUAAACACCACAGGCAUUCGGAAACUAAUACUUCAAAUGACGAUAGCGACAAUGAAUAUGAGAGUGGCUCUGAUGAAGAUAGGAAGAGAAAGAAGCCAAACCACAGAAGGCACAGGCAUCCUGAUUUGAGAUCAGAUUCUAGUGCUGAUGGUUUAAGUGAUGAUGAUCGGGAGGCAAUCAAGAGGAGAGGCCAUGCAAAGCGACACAAGCACCAUAGGAGAUUGGAAUCUAACGUUUCAGAUUCUUCUGGUGAGAAGGAUGAUGGCAUUAGUAGAAGGAGAAGUCAUCAUGCAAAGCACCACAAACGUCAUCGCCUGCCUGAGUGUGGUGCUUCAGAUUCUUCAAGUGACGAGGAAAAUGGUGACUUCGGGAGAAGAAACCAUGCAAAGCACCAUAAACGUCAUAGACGAUCACAUAGUGUGGACUCGAAGAAAUCUGAUUCAAGUGGCCACAGAAGGAGUGAAUCUAUCGGAAAGUUGUCAGAUGACAACCAUGAACAAGCGGGUAGACAAGCAAAGGCACAAGAUUUGUGGCCACCACCACCACAAACAUCGGUGCCAUAACUCAGACGAUGUAUAAAAUCAUUCGCCCCAAGCAGAACCUAAUGGAAAGUAUAAAGAGGAUUCGGGCAAGAUUGAGAACGAUAAUGCUGCUCAUGAUGGCGACAAAUAGGGAGAUUUCUGCUAACGGGGUUGAUCAAUUAACCACAUUAUUAUCAUUUGCCAUUUUCCUUGCUUUGCUUUGUGUUUCAUUUGGCAGAUUUAUCGGUAUUUUAAUGCAGACAGCAGCAAACUGCGUGUUAUUUGUGCUGAAAUUCCCGUUUUUGAACUUGAUUAGUAAUUCAAGAUCCCUAACCUAUUUCUAAACCAAUCUGUUGCUGUUUGAUCUUCGUGUUUUAUAAAAUUGUCUCUCUUUGGUCUGUUGACAUGAUA